ACGGCACACUCUAAUCGGAUGUUUUCACUUUUUUAAUCUCUUUUUAAAUUGAACGCUUAUGUAGCUUUCAUUAUUUGUCACCUGAGGUAUUAAACGAUUCAAAAUAUGUAUCAAAACUUUCGAGUUGCUCUUGAACUAACUGGCAAACGUUUGCAACGCAGACGAGCUAUAGAAAACAAUCGUCACCGUCGAACAAUAAACGAGUCUUCAACAACAUCUGUCUCAGGUUGAAGAAGAACCUAUUGAUGGGAUAGAGUUAAUACAUGAGCAAUCAAUCAAUGCAGAUGAAAUUAUUGAUUUGAAUACCAAUUUCAAUAUUUCUCAAACUGAAUAUAGUCCAACAGAACUUGACACAGAUUUAAACGCACAUUGUAAUUCGCCAGUUUCCACUGACGAUGAAUUAUUAAUAUUCGAUGAUAUACUUCAAUCAAAUGACAUAAUGGGUGUGGGUGUGUGUAGUACAGGUCUUCCAUUAACAAUGUCCACUAUCAAAUUUACUUUCUUCUAUGUUCUUUGUCUUAUAGCAAAAGGAUCGUUAUUACCGGCAGCAAAUAAUAAUACUACUUCAAGCAAAAAUCAAACAAUUGAAAUGGCGUUUGAUAUAAUACGAGGAGUGUCCAAGGACUGGGAAUUAGGAAUUCUACCUCAGUUCGCCUACAGUUCAUUGCGUACUAAAGUUGAAAAUAUGGAAUAUUCACAAUAA